ACACACAAAACACAAGUAUACCACUUGUCUGAGAAUCACACAAGCCAAGAAAAUAAUGGCCCGUGCCUUUAGCAUCCGAUUUGUACUCGUAACGUUUCUCGUAAUGGCCGUAGCCACAUGGGCGCAGCCGGGCCGUGGCCGUGGUGGGGGGGGGCCACCGAGGCCAGGGUUCUACGGCGGUCGCUGCCGAAAUGUGGAAACCAUAGUGCGGUCGGUGGUUCAGUCUCACUUUCGCUGCCGAAAUGUGGAAACCAUAGUGCGGUCGGUGGUUCAGUCUCACUUACAGUCCGACCCUCGGAUCGCGCCGGGCAUAUUACGCAUGCAAUUCCACGACUGCUUCGUCCAUGGCUGCGAUGGCUCAGUCCUCAUCAACGGUACAAACUCAGAGAGAACAGCCGGUCCGAACCGGUCGUUGAGAGGGUUCGAAGUCAUAGACGACGCCAAGGCCCGGCUCGAGGCCGCUUGUCCUAACACCGUUUCUUGUGCUGAUAUUCUCGCACUCGCUGCUCGUGACGUCGUCUUCUUGACAGGGGGGCCAGCGUGGCCGGUGCCAUUGGGACGGCUUGAUGGUCGAAUCUCGCAGGCCUCGGACGUGAACUUGCCUAGCCCUUUCGAUUCGGUCGCCGUUCAGAAGCAGGAUUUCGCAGCUAAGAAUCUCAACACACUCGAUCUCGUCACCCUCGUAGGAGGGCACACCCUAGGAACCGCUGGGUGCGGUGUGGUGAGGAACAGGUUCUUCAACUUCAACAACACUGGGAGCCCCGACCCAUCGAUCAACCCGAGCUUCGUGCCACAGAUUCAAGCUCAGUGUCCGCUCAACGGCGACGCAACGACGAGAGUGGCUCUUGACACCGGAAGCGAAGGCCGGUUCGACACUUCCUUCUUAUCCAACGUCAGGGCCGGUCGUGGGGUCCUCCAGUCCGACCAGGUGCUAUGGUCCGACCCCGAGACACGAGCCAUCAUUGAACGUUUCUUGGGACUGCGUCGACCGGUCCUUGCCUUCGGACCCCAGUUUGCGAGGUCCAUGAUAAAGAUGAGUCUCACUGAAGUGAAGACCGGGUCGGACGGUGAGAUCCGCAGGGUUUGCUCUGCUGUUAAUUAAUCAAUAAGUGCUCAAAGUAAAACCGUUGGUAAAGGAUAAUAAGAGCUUGUUAAGCAUUUUGUGAUUGGGACAUAGCAUAAAGUGUUAGAAUCAGACAAAGAAAACAUGGGGACAUGGGUCUUAUCCGAAGUAGCUCUCGAAUUUGGUUUUUUAGUCGUAAGUGCUUUGUAAUUGUACUGCUGUUAUAUCAUAUAUGUUCUAUUGUGUGCUGUGAUAAAGCUUUGUGAAAAAUGUUACCUAUGCAUACAUACAUACAUACAUACAUAUGCUCUGUUCGGGGUUA